AUGGAGGAAAACGCUGACCUUGUCUUGGACGUCGAGCAACAGGCCUUGACGGCGCGGCUAGCCGCCAUGUCCGAAACGGACCCGGCGAGAUUCCAUGCAUGUUUGCAAGAGAUCGAGGAGGUUCUGGGAUUAAGCGAAGUCGUAAAGCAACUCGAGCUUCUCAGCAUCGCUUCCUCUUCGGCGGUCGACAACCUACUCCAUGAAGAACUUUCACACGGAGGCUCAAAGGACGGCGCCGGGAAGAUUGACGCUGACAACGUCGUCGACGACGGUGCAAGCGAACCCCAAGUCCAAUGGGCUUUGAAAAUCGGGCCACACUGGUGCAACAAGAUCCUCUACGAGGGCAAGGAAUGGGAAAUUCGCGGUACGCAUUGUCGAAAACACCUCGGGGAGCGCAUCGGGCUGGCGCCAUCUGGCAAAAACGCGCUUGUCGGAGAGGCUACCAUUCGAGAAUCUAGAGCCGUUUCCAUGAAAGACUUGGAAGAGGCACGGCAUCUGCAUCACAUCCAGAAUGUCUGCGCGAUUCCUUACGCUAAGCCAUAUGCGUGGAUCCUUGAAGGCGUGCGUGCCUACGACCAACCCGUGCCGUACCAUCACCCUCCUGGCUGCGUCAACUGGAUUCCGCUGCGCCCGCCUACAGGGCCUACAGAGCGAGAGACUCCGGCCAGACGGCCUGCAAGAUGCGCGGCUCCCGUGCACGCUUGGCCGCAAAUGCUGGAGCGUAGGCAGAGCGGAAUCGUGCAAAGGCCGGAGCAUGAGAUGCGGUACAUCCACGGAGAACGAGAACGGAUUCGGCGCCUGUCCAAGAAGUUCCCCGCCGUGUACAAGGAAAAAGUUCGACCCGAGCAGUCCUGGAUGACUCAGAGAGCUCGUGCUUUUCGAACUUGGUGUGCGACCUCUUCGUGGAGAAUGUGCAAGUGCUGCGGCCGUAUGGUGCCCGAACCGUACAAAGCAACACACGCACGUGGCACUGCCCGCAGGGAUGGCGCUUUGCCCGCGUGCAAAUACUGCCGAUCCGACGGCAACGUCGGGUAUUGGGCUCCCGACAAGAAUGAUGUACCUCGCAGAUUGCGAAGUUUGCCUGUUGAGGUAAUCGAGGCCCUCAGGCCCUUUCAUCUGCACAGGGGCGGCGACUGUCGCGCGCGGCACGGAUACGAGGUGCACUUGGACAUGCUUCGCUUUUCCUUCAAGACGACGUCCGUGGAGAUGGCCUUGUCGCGCUUGCCUCGACGGGCGCGCAAGAAGGGCGAGAGGGCGUUGGAGCACCUGCUUAGGUCAGACCUGUCGUCGUACAAAGCUUUUUGGCGUCUGCACCACAAAUUCUUGGAGAAGCGGAGGCGACAGAUAGAAAGAGGAGAAAUCGGGCCUGGAGCCCCCGUGAAGCGCCUGCCGGUAAGCUUCAUCGAGACCGUAGGGCUGGAGUGCUGCCUGUGGCCACACUUAUAUUGGCGGACGGACAUGACUGAGACCCACACUCGCUUCAUGGACGCCCGAAGGGCGAAGCGUCGGCGCCGCGCGGGCCCUUGGGAAAGCUCCGAGUCCGACUGCGGGGGCGAUGCAGAGCACAGGCGCCACAGCGCCAAGGCCAGCUUUCUCGCCAAGGCCCACUCCUGCAUCGUCGGGUACAACAGCGACCCUGCUCUGCUGCAGUUUGUGUACGACUUGUGGCUCUUCACCACAGUGGGUGGAGCGCGGCACUCGUCCCAAAGCACCAGCAUUCGAGAAGCUUUGGCAUCCAAGCCGUACUCGCCAGAGUUAUGGCGAGGCUACCACGCAGCUUUGGUGGAUCUCCAGAGGCAGCUAGGCUGGCCGCAGCUGUUCAUAACGAUAGCACCCUACGAGUGGAGCUUUCCCUAUCAUGCCUGGCUUGAAGACGAGCUGGCCAAGAGUUUGCAAGCCCGCCUGCACAUGCCGGUAGCUGAAACCCUUCACCUAGCGCAUGUGCUCACGCAAACUGUGAAAGGCCUUCUGACAGGCAGCAACGAAGGUAUGCAAGGGGAACAAAACCAUGUCUUCUCGACGUCCUCGCACGGAGGCGUGCGCAAGUGGGUGGCACGUCUAGAGUUCCAGGAUGGCAAAAGAAAACGGGGGCAGCACAGGGACCCUCAGACCUAUCACGGCCGAGGGACACUUCAUGUGCACAUUCUGCUGUGGCUCGAGAACAUGCAGGCCAUGAAUCUUUCCAAGGACAUCCGAGCAGACAUCCCCGACGCAUCGGAACCGGAACUGCGAGAUCUGGUUCUGGAGUCGCAACUGGACUGGACGAGCAGCGGCUGGCCCAUCCGAAAGGAGCCCACGAGGGUGUCGGAAGACUCCGGGCUGCUCGAGCUUCGGCAUCCGCAAGAUGCGCAUGACCGGCACUGUCGCGCCUAUCUCACGGAUGUGCUCGCCGCCUUACACUGUCACGUGGACGUCGUAGCUUCCGACGGCCGAGCCAUGAUCCUCAAGUAUUGCGCCAGUCCCUUGGAGGCAGGCAGCUGUGAGAAGGAACGCUAUCUUCCCAAGUUUUCAGGCUCUUUCGCCCAGGAGCUACUCAACGAUCAAGCGAGCGGCUUCGCUUUGGCGAGACGCAUUCUGGCCGACUAUCAUCCACUGCAACCUGAAAUGGUCCUACAGCUGGCAGCCCAACAACAUCCACAAUUCUUGUGUCCGGCAGUCGUCCGCAAAUUUGUCGUGCCCGUACCGUGGAAAAAAGACACAGCGGAGGUGGUCCGCAAUUACAUGACCUGCACAUGGAGGCGCAAGAGCAUGAGUCUCCUCGAGUACCUGCGAGUCUCCGGCUCGGGGGGACAGAUUGCCCAGCGCUACCGCCGCCUGCACAAGGCUCGCAAGGUGAAGAAACCUCUCACGCAGUGGAUCAACACCUGCGUUGCGGAGGGAGAAAUCUUGGUCGCGUGCAUCAUGUACUCGCACACAAACGACCUCCACUUCGGGCAGUGGCUGCUGCUGAACGUGCCCUUCAAAGACGUCUCUGACCUUUGGGACGACCGAGUUGCCGGACUCCCGGAAGAGUUGCGUUACUUGGGCCUAUGUCUCCUGCACCGACCAGACUUCUGGCGGCACCCACAUCGAAUCAUGGCAGACUUGCAGUUAGAGGCCAGGACAGACUUGUACAUUACCAAUGUGCUGGAGGUAAUACGUGCUCGAACCGAGCUCAUCGAUGCGUUCUUUUCCGGUGAAAUCCAGGAACCGGCACGGCCGCCAACAACAUCGCAGGCAGUCAACGUUAACGUGCCUCCGCGUUUUGAGAAGUUGGCAGCCGAGCAGCAGCUUGUGGUGCGGUCUAUCGGCGAGAGGGUCGCUAUCGCGCUUCGGUGCAAAUGGCCAGAGGACGCCGUGGAGGAGUCGUGGUGGCGCUACCUGGAUGCGCAGGCUGCAUGUGCCGAGACGCGUGUCACGGCUAUCCUUGGCCCCGCCGGCAGUGGCAAGAGCACGGCCGUGCAACUGGCCAUCCGCCGAGCGGUGCAAGCCGGAGCACACGUGGGCGUUGCCUGCCCCACUGGACUUCUUGCGUCCAAGUACAAGAUCGACAACCCGGACCUGGAUGUGGACACCGUGCAUGGGAUGUUCGCGCUGCAUAAGGAGGAAGUGAACACCUUGGAGAUGAUGAGCCUUUACGAUCUUGUAGUGAUUGACGAAAUCGGACAGUUGCCUCUGUGGAUCUUUGAGCGCCUUGUGCGGCUGUGGGACGCUUCAGAUCGCCGUCCCGCAUUAAUACUGGUCGGGGAUUUCUGCCAGCUGAGAGGCUCGGAUGGAACCACGGCUCGACAAAGCGCGCGUUGGCGUGAGGUAGCCAAGAUCCAUCUUCACACUAUGCGACGCUGCAAGUGCCCACAGCUGCGCUGGAAGUUGGAGCUCCUCCGCAGCGCCACUCCUUCCGGUCGCCAGCUACGCAGGAUUCUGAAAAAGCACAGUGCUUGUUGCUCGGGGAACAACAUGCCAACACUAGAGAACAUGGCGCAGAUCCUACGAGAAACUCCUCGGACGCAGUUCGUGACCAUCUCGCGACGUGGGUCCGCUCGUCUGAACCAGCUGGCGCUUCGGGUACUCUUCGGUGACUCGCACCCCUUGGGCUACAUGCUGACUGAUCCGGAAGAGAACAGCAAUAACUUCCUUGGUCAGUCGAGGAUCGACGCGGCACCUCUCCGGAUGGCCAUGUAUGCCGGCAUGCGCGUGAUGAUCACCAAGAAUGAGGACAAAGCGCACGGGUUCGUAAACGGCAUGGGCGGAGUGGUGCAGCGGCUGCGCGCGAGCGGCGUCCAGGUCCUCCUCGACAACGGCAAGAUCGUGCUGGUCCACGCGGUCACCCAGGACUACGAGCUCGCGGACGGGUCUGUGAGAAGAGUUACGGCGUUACCUCUGAGACUCGGGUAUAGCAGCACCCUGCACAAGAUUCAGGGGGCCACCUUAGAUCACGUGACGUUGUGGCUGGAUGUGCCUUUUAUCCGAGGGGCGGCCUACGUAGCCUUAUCUCGGGUGCGAGAGGACGCCAAUUGGCGGUUCCUCGGACGCAUACAGACCAGGCACUGCCUGCCCGCCGCGUGCGACUGA